AUGGAUAUUACCAUUUCUAAAUCCCCUAAAGAUAGGCCAAGAGUUUAUCAUUUAGCGGGAGAACUUGUAACUAUGCUGAAAAAUCGACAGCCAGAACUUGAAAUCUCAAAAGAGGAUAUCUUGUGUGUAAAGAUUGCAGGACUUUGCCAUGACCUUGGACAUGGACCUUUUUCACAUAUGUUUGAUGGCCACUUUCUACCAGCUGUCAGUAAGAAAAUGAAGCAUGAAGAAUUAUCUGUGAAGAUGUUUGAUCACCUAUUGAAACGUAACGAUUUAAACUCUGUGUUAGAAGACAAUGGACUAUUUGAAGAUGACAGGAAUUUUAUCAAAGAACUAAUAAUGGGGCCUAAUCAACAGAAUACAGAGGAACCUCCCAAAGAACAAAAAGCAGAACCUCCUAAAGAAGAGUCAGCGGCAACUUCCGAAAAACGGCAACGAGAAUAUAACGAAAGACAUCAUGGGAAAAGGAAGUUUUUGUUUGAGAUUGUGUCAAACAAGAGAAAUGGGAUUGAUGUAGAUAAAUGGGAUUAUUUUGCUCGGGACUGCCGUAUGGUAGGCAUCAAUAGUAAUUUUGAUCACACCAGAUGUAUGAACUAUGCUAAAGUUUUGGAAACGGAAGACGGGGGAUUUCAAAUAUGUUUCCGAGACAAGGAGGUUCGCAACUUAUACGAAAUGUUUCAUACCAGGAAUAUUCUUCAAAGAAUAGCAUGCCAACAUAGAGUUGGAAAUAUCAUUGAUGCCAUGAUUACAGAAGCAUUGUUUUUGGCAAGGGAUGUAAGACUGAUUUCUGACAAGGAUGGAAAGGAGGUGACAAUAUCUGAAACGGUGAAUGAUAUGGAUGCAUACCAAAAACUGACAGAUAACAUUUUUCAGGAUAUUUUAUGGUCUAGAAAUCCCAGUCUAGAAGCUUCGAGGAAAAUUCUGGAGAAAAUUCAAUUGAGGGACUUGUACAAAUGUGUGGGUCAAACCCUUCGUCCAAUAAAGCAAAAGCUUGGAGGCAAAGAUAUUAAAGAUGGUUUUCUAGAGAUUUUAGGGAAAAUGAAGACCGGUCUUACAAAAAAAGAUAUUGUAACAUAUUCGGUGAAUAUGGACUAUGGCAUGGGUGACAAAAAUCCAAUAGAUAACGUUCGCUUUUACGGCAAGAAAGAUCCGACGAAACCAAAACCAAUUGCAAAAAACGAGGUUUCGUUCAUCAUUCCCGAUACAUUUGCAGAACAACUAAUUGAAUUCUAUUGUAAGAAGACAGAUGAAGAAAGCAUUGAGCAGGCAACUGCUGCAUUUAAAGAAUGGAAUGAAAAGAAUUCAUUGACUGAUGACAAGAAGAAUUUGGAACAGUCUGGUUCCAUGGCAGGUGAAACCACCAAUCAAGCAACUGACAACAAACUCUAUUUAGACUUAGGCUAUGAUUAAAAUUGCUAGGUUUCAUCCGAGUUUUUAAAAAUGAUCUUAAUUAUGUUGUGAUUAAAAAAUGGUAGAAAAGGACAUUGGAAAACUAAUAAGCCUAUCUUUGAUUUUAAUUGCUGAAUUUUUUUUGUGAUGCUUAAAC